AUGGCUCCCAUAACUCGUGCAAGCUACGCACUGUUGAUUGCCUGCCCCAAUGGCCUUGUGGGAACUGCACUUGACAUUGCGAGAAUGAAAAAAGCUCUUGAAGAGACUGGCCUGGGAUUCGAAUUCCACGAAUGCCAUGAGGGUGAUGUCGCUACCCGAGAGAGGAUUCUAGCAGAGUUUGAAUCCGUUAUUGAAUGGGCCAAAGGCAAACAUCAAGCCAACAUCGAGCCCAUAGUUGUUCUAUACUAUUCCGGUCAUGGCAGCAUGGUUGAAUCUGACCGAACUCUCGGCCUUGACGGACGAAGGUAUCAAUUCAUUGUCCCUUCGGGAUAUAAUGAUGAUGAGGAGAAUUUCAACGGCAUCCUCGACCAUGAAAUCGCAUAUUUUCUCAAGAAGCUCACUGCUGAAACGAAGAAUGUCACCUUCAUCAUGGAUUGUUGUCAUUCCGGACGUAUGGCUCGCAAGCCAGAUGUCCCAGGACUCAAGGUCCGAAUGACCCCUGCCGUGCAGCAUAAGAAACUAGCGGACCACAUGAGAGAUCUCAUCAAGAAAGGCACAGUCGAGGAAGAUGUGCCCCUUAAAGGCAAUCAGGAUGUGGUACGCAUAGUGGCGGCCUAUCCAACUGAAGUGGCCUUUGAGGUAAAAGAUAUCUAUGGCAAUGUUGGUGGAGUCAUGACUAGGCUUCUUACACAGACGCUUCAUGAAGCCAAGGGCCGUGGGCUAUCAUGGCGGACCGUUAUGUCCAGAGUCAGAGAGCUAACAGCCUCCGAAAUUAUCAUUCAGCAUCCUGCUGCGGAGGGCCCAAGUACACGCAUCCUUUUCUCGAAAGAUGAGAGCGACUCCAAGUCACACGUUAUCAAAAUAAUUGGCGGUCAGCCUGUUAUUGAAGCUGGACGAGUUGCCGGAGCGAGAGAAUGUAAUGUGUAUGACAUUAUGCCAGCUGGGUUUGAGCAAGUAGACGAUGAGCACAGUCUUGGCGAAGUUGAAAUUGUUUCUGUCGCCGCAUUCCACAGCAUUGGCAAAUUUACCAAGAAGACGAACGGAGGGCAAAUCGACCCCGCCGGAGGAGCACUCGCUUUUCUGAAGCGUGAAGCCACCUAUCAGUGGGUGGCUGAAUACCCGGGCAAUAAUGAACAUCUCAAAGACCAUUUCCAACGCUCAAAGUUCCUUCGAUCUUCUCCAGUGGCUGAACAGAGUGCGAAUUCAUCUGGCACAAACGGGGAGUUUAGCUUUGUUGAAUGCGACACCAAGUUUUCAUUAGCCCAUCAACAGCUGACAGUGGCUAAUGAGAAGAUUGCUGCGACACAUCAUCAGCUUGUUUUGGCCUAUGCUAAAUUCCAGUCGGUUGAUUAUCAGCAAGCAUUCACGGCUUACAGCAACACUCUGGUCACGCACACGUUGAUGGUCGAUGACUACAAGCAAGCUCUCGAUGCCUAUCUCCAGGAGCUGGCUGAUCAUAAGCUAGCCCUAAGCAUCCUCCCGCAAAGUUCAACAGCAACUAGCCAAGAGAAAGUGCUGGUCAAGAUCAAAGAAGUUGAUGGGAGGCUUGUCGUUUACAACAACGACAUGGUUGAGUGCUUCUCAAUGUCCUUUAAAGACGAAACUCCGGAAAAAGUCUCAGCUCUAGCCUUUCAAAGAGCCGAGAUAAUUGCCAGAUCUCAACAUUUAUUGGCCCUUCCUAGCGGAAUAGGCAAAGAAGCGUUCAAUCAGGAGUUGAACGUUGAGUUCGGACUCGUCGAAGGAAGCACCCUCCACCCCCACGCCACUGAUGGCACUGCUACUAUAACAGAAGGCAACAGAGUUUACAUUCGAUUGAUCAACGAGAGUAGCGAGAAAGUAUUCGUCUCGGGCUUCUCAAUUGACGCUGCUGGCAAUGUCUCAUCUUUGAUGGCAGAAACAGACGGCAUAGAAAUCAAGAAGAAAGACCGAUACACUUUCGGAUAUCAAGAAGGGGAAAGCCAAGUGAGAGGUAUGCUCCUCGAUUGGGCAGACUCCGUACCUAAAUCGAGCUCCGUGGUUGAAACAUUUGUGCUGUUCGUAACGAGUGACCCAGUGGAUCUUGGUCAUUUUUUGACGGCAGGCAGUUCAGCAAGGGAUAUCGAAGAGUCUGACUCGGAAUUGGUGAGGCUUGUAGCCGCGUUCAGUACUGGACUUGGGCGUGGUGUUAGCCGAGAGAAACAGCGACGCAUCAUCAAGUACAGCGUUAUUCGAAUUCCAUACAAGUUCUGCUCUUCUACUUAUACUCAGUAG